GCGGCGCUCACUGGGCGCCCGGCUUUCGCCCGCUGCUGCCGCCGCCGCCGCCGCCGGCCGCGGCUGCUCUCCCAAGAUGGCGGCUCCUCCGGGCGAGUACUUCAGCGUUGGGAGCCAGGUGUCGUGCCGGACGUGCCAGGAGCAGCGGCUGCAGGGCGAGGUGGUAGCCUUCGACUACCAGUCCAAAAUGCUGGCUUUAAAAUGUCCCUCUUCCAGUGGAAAGCCCAACCACGCAGACAUCUUGCUCAUAAACUUACAGUAUGUUUCAGAAGUGGAAAUAAUUAAUGACCGAACAGAAACCCCUCCUCCCCUAGCUUCACUCAAUGUUAGUAAGCUUGCCAGCAAAGCACGGACAGAGAAGGAGGAGAAACUGAGCCAGGCCUAUGCAAUCAGUGCUGGCGUCUCCCUGGAGGGCCAGCAGCUCUUCCAAACCAUUCACAAGACCAUUAAAGACUGUAAAUGGCAAGAAAAAAACAUCAUAGUCAUGGAAGAAGUUGUUAUUACACCCCCAUAUCAAGUGGAAAACUGUAAAGGCAAAGAGGGGAGUGCACUGAGCCAUGUACGCAAAAUAGUUGAAAAACAUUUUAGAGAUGUGGAAAGCCAAAAGAUACUGCAGCGUUCACAAGCCCAGCAACCACAGAAGGAGGCUGCCCUGUCAUCCUGAGUCCACACACACGGAGGGCUCUUCCAGCAUCCAGCCAAGGAGGCGGUGGUGGUGGCUCCAGCGGAAGCAGGCCGGGGGAGGGAAGGGAUCCUGUAUUUCCCAUUGGCUCUUGUUAACAAAGGGUCGGCAUUUCCAAAUCUUAGACUUGAACAAACAAAACACCCAACAAAAAAGAACAAGAGAAUAAUUUAAAAGUUGAACCAUUACUUGACUAACAGACUUCGGUCCACCAUGUCCUUUUCACAGCCCCCUCUGGAACGGUCAUCUUGUUAGUUUCAUUUUUGAAAAUUUCUUUCUGGCUCUGCCCUUUCACCUCUGACUUUCCUUUCCUAGUCUGUCCCUGCCAUUCUGUUUUUAUAAGUGGCUACAUUUGCCUUCUGAAUGAAACCUCUACAAGAAACUUCUGAAAGAAACUUCUACAUCUUUUCCAAAAUAAAAGUAACAAGCUGACUGUGAUACUUCAGUUGAGACUAGAACAACA